AUGAUUGAAACAGGAAAAUCAUUCAACAAUGCAAGCAAUGGCUUUGUGAUUGGUGUACGAGAACUUGGAAACUACUUUAAGGAUGAUGAAUUAACUACUGAUGAUGCAAAAGUUGCCAAUUCUCUGAUAAGAUUUGCCGAUGCCAUGUCAGAGAUUAUGAAAUAUUUUUCAAUAUUAAUGGACCAAGCCAACAGAUCAGUCUGUAAAAACAUAAACAAUUUCAUUAAAAAUGAUAUCCGCAAAGUAAAAGAUGCAAAGAAAUACUUUGAGAAAAUAAGCGAUGACAUGGAUAAUGCUUUGAUACGUAAUUCCAAUGUUCUACGAAGCAAGCCUCAGGAAUGUGAAGAGGCAACAAAUGGACUUAUUGCAACAAGGUCUGCCUUUGCUCAUAAUUCCCUUGAUUAUGUUUACCAGAUUAAUGUUUUACGUUUGAAGAAACGUUUUGAGGUGUUAGAAACAAUGCUGUCUUUCAUGAACGCACAAAAUACCUUCUUCCACCAAGGUCAUGACCUUUUCACCGACUUGGAGCCUUACAUGAAGGAUGUGAUCAGAAAUCUCUAUCUAUCUAUCUAUCUAUCUAUCUAUCUAGGGAAUCUAUCUAUCUAUCUAUCUAUCUAUCUAUCUAUCUAUCUAUCUAUCUAUCUAUCUAUAAUACUAUGGGCAUGUGUACAUGUCAUUUCUCUGAUAUAUUCUUCUCUCUCUAGCCCUCUUCUUCCUCUCCUACCUUCUCUUUAUCCAUCCCCUUGUCCCGCUGCUUUUCCUUUAGCCUCUUCUUUUCCACCACCUACCUUCCCCCAAACAGAGCUUCUUCGAUCUCCGGCCUUCUCUAAUACCCCUCUCCCCUGCCUCUUCGAUCUUUUGAUUUCUCUUUAUCCUCCUCCCGUUACCUCUUUGAUCCCUGGCCUUUUAUUCAUCCCCUCCACUCUCCAAUCUCUCCCCUCACUCACUCCUGUUACAUCAUUUUCAUUUUUUUUUCUAUCCAUAACUCAUUCUUUCAUCUUCCAGCUGUUUUUUCUUUCUCUCACAUCAUUUUUCAACUGUUUCAUCACUGCCCCCAAUUGA